CAUAAAUGAUGGCAACAUUGAGGUUUGCUUCAUGAAAGUGAAAACUAAGGCCCAUCAAAGGCCAGAAAUAUACAUUACAAUUGCAUUGGAUUUCUUACUCUUACCCGCAUUCUUAUUAUAAAAUACAUCUAAAUGGCACUCAAUCCGCAAUACGAUGCUAUAGGGAAAGGUUUUGUACAGCAAUAUUACACUUUGUUUGACGAUCCGGCACAACGAGCAAACCUGGCUAAUAUGUACAAUGUGGAAUUAUCAUUUAUGACUUUUGAAGGUGUCCAACUUCAAGGUGCUGUUAAAAUAAUGGAAAAGCUGAAUGCUUUAACCUUUCAAAAAAUUGGUAGAAUAAUAACAUCUGUAGAUUCACAGCCUAUGUUUGAUGGUGGUGUUUUAAUUAAUGUGCUCGGCAGAUUGCAGUGUGAUGAUGACCCACCCCACCCAUAUGUGCAAACAUUUGUCCUAAAGCCGCUUGGGGACUCAUUCUUUGUUCAGCAUGAUUUGUUCCGUCUCGGUAUCCAUGACAUUGCUUAAUUACUUUAUUAAAUCAACGCGAACAAACCCAUGCUGUAUCUUGUUAAUUAUAAAGUUAUAUAAGAUUAAUUACUGCAAUCAUCGCCUAUGAAAUUCAAAAAAUUGUAUAUUUCCUCUGAAUUUGGUGUGAUAUUGGCUUAGAUAACCUUAAAGAUAAUGUAGUCAAUGAAAGGCGUACUUUUUCAGUUAAAUGUAUACAUUUUGUAAUAAUAAACAAUUAAUUUUUUA